AAUGAAAAAUAAAAAUAAUUCCGCAAAAUAAGACUCUUCUUCCAUUUGGUACAAAAAUCCAAACUUUUUAGGUUUUUUUUUUUCUUCUCUGAAACAAAAGUGAUGGACUUGACGGUUGAGAACGGAGGUUUAGCUCCAGGUUUUAGGUUUCAUCCGACGGACGAAGAACUUGUGGUCUAUUACCUCAAGAGAAAGAUUCGUCGGAAAAAACUCAGAGUCGAUGCUAUCGGCGAGACUGAUGUCUACAAGUUUGAUCCUGAGGAAUUGCCUGAGAAAGCGUUAUAUAAGAGUAGGGAUCGUCAAUGGUUCUUUUUUAGCUUGAGGGAUAGGAAACAUGGAAGUAGGUCAAGUAGAGCUACUGACCGUGGCUAUUGGAAAGCAACAGGGAAAGAUAGAGUCAUUAAGUGUGAUUCGCGCAACGUUGGUGAGAAGAAGACGCUUGUUUUCCAUAGAGGCAGGGCACCUAAUGGUGAACGGACUAAUUGGGUCAUGCAUGAGUAUACAUUGCACGAAGAGGAGCUUAAGAGGUGUGGUGGUGGUGAUGUUAAGGAUGCUUUUGUUCUUUACAAGAUUUAUAAGAAAAGUGGGUCUGGUCCUAAGAAUGGUGAGCAAUAUGGAGCUCCUUUUAUUGAAGAAGAAUGGGCUGAAGAUGAUGAUGAUGUCGAUGAGCCUGCUGGUGUACUCGAUGUUCCUGCUAAUCAGCUUGUUGUUUCGGCUGGUGUCGAUAAUAAUUUAUGGGGGAAAGGGAUUAACCAAUCUGAAUUGGAUGAUAAUGAUAUCGAAGAGCUGAUGAGACAGGUUAGAGAUCAGCCUGGUCGAACAGUGCAGCAGAAUGGGGCGUCUGGACUGAACUCUCAUGUCGAAACAUAUGAUUCGGUGAAUUUGGAGGAAGAUAUGUAUUUGGAAAUCGAUGAUCUUUUGCUCCCUGAACCUGAACCAGCUUCUGUGGAAGUCAUGGAGAAGAACUGGAACCAGGAUGGUUCUGGUGUCCUGAAUGAUAAUGAUUUCGUUGAUACUGAUUCAUAUUUCCUUGAUUUGGGAGCGACAAAUCCUCAGUCAGAUCCUGUCAGUGUUGGUUUGAAAAAUGGGUUCGCACAAAGUCUUCAGGUGAACACUUCUUUGGUGAUCGACCAGGCCAAUAAUAACCUGUUCCAGCAGCACACAGGGAAGAACCAAGCUAGCAACUGGCCACUUCGUAACAGCUAUACCAGACAGAUAAACAAUGGAUCAUCUUGGAUGCAGGAGAUAAAUAAUGACGGACUAAACGCUACCCCAUUUGGUGAAGCGCCUGGUACAGGUGAUGCAUCUGAAUUCAUAAACCCUCUUACUUCUGGUGUAAGUAUAACUAAGGAAGAUGACGCGACAAAAGACGAGUCUAGUAAGUUUGCUUCUAGUGUAUGGACUUUCCUGGAAUCCAUUCCUGCAAAUCCAGCAUAUGCUUCAGAGAAUCCAUUUGUUAAGCUGAACCUUGUCAGAAUGUCAAGCAAUGGUGGUCGUUUCAGGUUUGCUUCUAAGAGCACAGGUAACAAUGUUUUUGUCACAGCUAACGAUUCAGCGGCAAAGAGGAAGAAGUAUGGAGGAAACAACGACAAGAAGAAGAACAACAAAGGUUUCUUCUGCUUAUCGAUCAUUGGGGCUCUAUGUGCUUUAUUUUGGGUGAUCAUAGGAACAAUGGAGGUUUCAGGGAGGUCUCUAUUGUGGUGAGAACCCAAAAGUCCAAGAGUUGUCGACAUUAAGAGAAACAAAGGCUCAGUGUUAAAAUAACGGUUUAGUGUGAGUCAUUGUAAUUAUUCUCUUAGCUUAUUAGAUUCAGUAACUGUUUGGUAUCAGGUUUUGUCUUUGAGAGUUUUCUCUCGUAAUGUUUAAAAGUUGUUUUAUUUGUUUUA